ACUAGCUGCACCCCGGGGCACCAAAUCCUCACUCUUAUAUGUACCCAUUCGCUAGCGCUGGCCACACAUGCACACUGGAGUACGGGACUAACCAAGUAAAGCACGCCAGCCUAGCUAGCUAGCUCAUGGCCCCCCUCCCCGCCCUCUUGCUCGCGUCGGCUCUCCUCCUUGCUGGUUCGGCCUUGUUCAACCGCUACGACGCCGGAAGCGGCGGCACAACCACCACCACGCAUCUGCAUUUCUAUAUGCAUGAUGAUUACACUGGCCUGCGCCCCACAGCGAUGCGCAUCGUGUCCGGGCGGUCCCUUGGCACGCCGGCCGUGAGCGACAACACCAACAGUACGGUGCCAUCCACGAGCGCACCACGGCAGUUCGGUGACAUCGUGGCGCUGAACAACGCGCUGACGGAGGGCCCUGGCGGCGGCAGCGCAUGGGUGGGCACGGCCCAGGGUUUCGCUGUGCGCGUGUCGGAGGGCGGCGUUGUCUCUGACCUCAGCAUGCACCUUGUGCUGGGCGCCGGCGAGUACAGUGGCAGUUCGCUGGCGGUUAAGGGGCGCAUCGACACGGAACUGGCGGUGCGCGAGUCGAUGAUUAUCGGCGGCACUGGCCAGUUCCGAUUGGCGCGGGGGUACAUGCUCAGCAAGAGUUACGACUACAGCCUCGCCUCGGGCGGCGUCGUGGAGAUUGACCUCUACGUGCAGGUGCAGCACGACUAGCUAGCCGCAUCGUCGGUUACCGUCUAUCUGUUUGUUUUGUUAUGAUUAGCUUUGGUCGUGGAGAUUGACUUCUACGUGCAGGUGCAGUUCCUACCGUGUUUGUUUUGUUACCAUCAGUAUGUUUACACCACAGUUGGUAAUAAUAAAGUGCAUUGUUC